GUACAAAAUGAUCAAUGUCAAACUGUAGCUGAAGCAAAGAAAUAUAAAUGGCCACCAUCAACAGAAGAAGGCGAAUGGAAAAUAAUGACAAUGCAGCUAAAAGCUGGAUUGAAUAUUUUAUAUUGGAAAACAAUAGGCAUGAGUCUUGGUGACAAUGGAAGGAAACCUAAACCUGUUAGAAUUAAGAGCAUUGAAAUUACAGGUGUAGCAUAUACAUCUGAAUGUUCUCCAUGUGAGCCUGGAACAUACAGUAGUGAAGGUUCAAAGCUUUGUACCCCAUGUGCAGAAAAUACUUAUUCUGGAAAGGGUGCUUCUUCAUGCAUUGCUUGCAACAAUGCUACUCAGUAUGCACCAAAAGGAUCUGCAUAUUGCUUAAAUCAACCACCAUGUACAGAACAAGAUUUUUAUGAAAUACGUUCUCCCUGUGACGAAAAUAAAGAAACAUCUUUAAUAUAUAAAUGGGUUGAACCUAAAUUAUGUCGUACUGAUAUUGAUGGAGCUGUUUCUUUAUCACCAUCUGGGAAAAAAUUAAAAUGUCCUCCAUGCAGCCCAGGAAUGGAAUAUGUCAACAAAUCAGGAUGUACAUUUUGUCCUAAAGACCAUUAUUCUAAUGGUUCAGUUCGUAAGUUAUUUUAUUUUUUAUCAUUAUUUUUUAAUAAUAUAACAAAAGGAUCUGCAUAUUGCUUAAAUCAACCACCAUGUACAGAACAAGAUUUUUAUGAAAUACGUUCUCCCUGUGACGAAAAUAAAGAAACAUCUUUAAUAUAUAAAUGGGUUGAACCUAAAUUAUGUCGUACUGAUAUUGAUGGAGCUGUUUCUUUAUCACCAUCUGGGAAAAAAUUAAAAUGUCCUCCAUGCAGCCCAGGAAUGGAAUAUGUCAACAAAUCAGGAUGUACAUUUUGUCCUAAAGACCAUUAUUCUAAUGGUUCAGUUCCUUGUCAGCGCUGCCCAGCUUCUACAGCACCUAACUAUGGCUUAUUGUACAAAUGGUGGCAUGAUAUUCCGUUAGGUUUUAAUACUCGUUGCAUGAGUGUUGAAGAAGGAGGAUGUAAAAAUUCUCCAACAUGGCAACCUGCAGGGGAUCAUAUUCACUCAGCUUUGGGACAUAGAGAUGAUGUAUUUCUAAUUUUGUCAUUAGAUGUAUCAGGAUUUAGAGGUAGAGAAAGAGUUGUUAAUGGACAUGCUGCAGAAAUUGGCAGAGUCAGUUUUGUCUUUGAACUAGAUUGUACUGGAAACUGCUAUUUCGUUUUCAUGUUUGCAACUAAUAGAAAAGAAGUUUCUGAAAUUCAGAGUUGGAGUGGAAAACAAGAAAAACAACAUUUUAGUUAUCCAAUUGUGUUAAAUGAUACGUAUAUCUUCAAUUGGGCUUUCCAGAGACAGAGUUAUGAAGAAAUUAAAAAACAUUCUAAUUCUGAUAGUAAAAACAUAGCUAAAAUAUAUGAAAUAACUGUCACAAAUACAGUGGAUGGAGGUGCAUCAGAGUGUUUACCAUGUCCUCAAGGAACAGAAGCAGAAGGAUGCAUUCCCUGUCCACCUGGUCAUUAUAUCAAAGAUAAAGAUAGUUUACAAUGUUUACCAUGUCCCUCAAAUACGUAUGUUUCUGACCCUUUUCCAUAUGGUAUAAAAUCUUGUAAACCUUGUGGACCUGGUUUAUAUAGUGAUGAUGGACAGAACUGUCAAACAAAUUGCAAAUUGAAUUUUUCAGAUGGUCAGCAUUAUGAUCUCACUUCUCUUCCACCGUAUGUAUCUAUUUAUUUAACAAUAUUAGACUUUUCCAUUGAAUCUAUUGGACCACAACUUGAAGAAGAUGUUCAUGCAUUAGUGUGCAGAUCAACAAUUAUUCCUUCUCAGACAGAUGGUUCAGAUUCAGUGAUGGCUUUCCAGGCAGUAAGUUUAGGUGAUAAUUUGAUUGGAAUUUCUCCACACCCAACAUUAAGAAACAUUUCUGUUGCUCCUGAAUUUAUUCAAUCUGCAAAGGGAAAUUCAGAUGUUCAUUUCUUCUACAGUUCUUCUAGCACAACUCCAGCUUGUUCUUCAGGCCGUACAACUACACUUACACUUCGCUGUGAUAAAAAUGCAGAAGGCAGUGGUCAUCUCUCACUACCAGCAAACUGCCCAGAUGGAACCUGUGAUGGUUGCAAUUUUCACUUUUUAUGGCAAACUGUACUUGCUUGUCGUAUAUGCACAGAAUCAGAUUAUCAGGUUGUAAAAGGAGAGUGCAUACAUGGAGUUCAAACUUUCCAUUACAUAUCACCAAUGGGUUGCAUUCCUCCAAAUGCUGAUGAUAAACCACUUACUCGCACACAGCCUUGCUCUGCUAUUCCUCAGGAAUUACAGAUUGUUAUUGGUGCAAGUGUAGCUUUAGGACUUCUGUUGUUUACAAUGGUUCUCUAUUUUUGGAAGAAAAAUCGAAAACUUGAAUAUAAAUACAUGAAAUUAGUUCAGUCAAGUUCUUCUAAAGAUGGAGAAUUACCUACUGCAGAGAGUUGUGCAAUUGAAGAUGAUGAAGAAGAUCAUUUUGAAAGUAUGACAUUUAAUGAGAAGGGGAGAGGUAUUUUUGGAAAAUUUCGUACUAUUCGAAUAGGAAACGAUAAAGAAGGAACAGGAAUAAAGUAUGAAACUAUCCAUUUAACAAGGAAAGAAACACUUUCGUAAU